AGGGGAGUAACAGGUUGGUGGGAGGGGGAGAAAGAAGGAGGGAGAGCCGAGGGACGCAGGGGGAGGGCCGGGAGCCGCGCGUGCUGCUCUGCCCGAGCGCGAGCCGGAGCCCGAGCCCGGCGCGCGAGCCCGGGAGCGCCGAGCCCCGCUGGGACCCCUCCUACCCAUGGAGCAGGCAUCUACCAUGGCUGAGUCCUGGGGCCCUGUAGACCAUGGAGUUCAGAUUCGCUUCAUCACAGAGCCAGUGGGUGGUGCAGAGAUGGGCACCCUACGUCGUGGCGGGCGACGCCCAGCUAAGGAUGCAAGAGCCAGUACCUAUGGGGUUGCUGUGCGUGUGCAGGGCAUCGCUGGGCAGCCCUUUGUGGUGCUCAACAGUGGGGAUAAAGGUGGCGACUCCUUCGGGGUCCAGAUCAAGGGUGCCAACAACCAAGGGGCCCCAGGAGCUCUGAGCUCUGAUUCGGAACUCCCUGAGAACCCCUACUCUCAGGUUAAGGGAUUUCCUGCCCCCUCGCAGGGCAGCACGUCUGACGAGGAGCCUGGGGCCCGCUGGAAUGGAAGACUACUCCGUUCCCAGUCCCAGGCCUCGCUGGCAGGCCCUGCCCCUGUGGGUUCUAGCAGCAGGAGCACCAGCUUGCUGGAGCUUGCCCCGAAAGAGGCUUCCCCGGCUAGCACCAUUGACACUGCUCCCCUGUCUUCAGUGGACUCACUCAUCAAUAAGUUUGAUGGUCAACUUGCAGGCCAGGCCCGAGGCCGGACUGGCCGUCGAACACGGACGGUACACCCUGAGCAGCACAAACGGAGCAAGAGUCUGGAGAGCCGUCUCCCACGGGAUACCCUUGAGGAACGGGAGCGUGAGUCCCCCAACGACUGGACUCCUAGCACAAAAUAUGACAACCGUGUGAGCAGCUCGAAACAGCCAGUCCAGGGUCAGAGCAGUGGCUUUGGCCGUUCCCGUCAGACUCAGGACUGGGUCCUUCAGAGUUUUGAGGAGUCACAGGGGAGAGUACAGGAUCCCACCAUGCUGCAGUUCAAAUCAACUCCAGACCUUCUCCGAGACCAGCAAGAGGCAGCCCCACCAGGCAGUGUGGACCAUGUGAAGGCCACCGUCUAUGGCAUCCUGAGGGAGGGAAGCUCAGAAAGUGAAACCUCUGUGAGGAGGAAGGUCAGUCUGGUACUGGAGCAGAUGCAGCCUCUGGUGAUGGUUUCUCCUGGUUCUACUAAGGCUGUGACUGGGCAGGGUGAGCUUACCCGAAAAGUGGAGGAGCUACAGCAAAAGCUGGAUGAAGAGGUGAAGAAGCGUCAGAAACUAGAGCCAUCCAGAGUUGGGCUGGAGCGGCAGCUGGAGGAGAAGGCAGAAGAGUGCAGCCGACUGCAGGAGCUGCUGGAGAGGAGGAAGGCCGAGGCCCAGCAGAGCACCAGGGAGCUCCAGAACAUGAAGCUCCUCCUGGACCAGGGUGAGAGUUUACGCCGUGGGCUGGAGACCCAGGUGAUGGAGCUGCAGAACAAGCUGAAGCAGGUCCAGGGACCUGAGCCUGCCAAGGAGGUGCUACUGAAGGACCUGUUAGAGACCCGGGAACUUCUGGAAGAGGUCUUGGAGGGGAAACAGCGGAUAGAGGAGCAGUUGAGGCUGCGGGAGCGGGAGUUAACAGCCCUGAAGGGGGCCCUGAAGGAGGAGGUGGCCUCCCGUGACCAGGAGGUGGAGCAUGUCCGGCAGCAGUACCAGCGAGACACAGAGCAGCUUCGCCGGAGCAUGCAAGAUGCGAGCCAGGACCACGCAGUGCUGGAGGCUGAAAAGCAGAAGAUGUCAGCUCUGGUGCGGGGGCUGCAGAGGGAGCUGGAGGAGACCUCAGAGGAGACAGGGCACUGGCAGAGCAUGUUCCAGAAGAACAAGGAGGAGCUUAGAGCCACCAAGCAGGAACUCCUGCAGCUGCGGAUGGAGAAGGAGGAGAUGGAAGAGGAGCUUGGGGAGAAGAUAGAGGUCUUGCAGAGGGAAUUACAGCAGGCCCGAGCUGGUGCUGGAGAUAUUCGCCAGGUUGAGGAGCUCAAGAAGGAGCUACGCCGGACACAGGAGGAGCUUAAGGAGCUGCAGGCAGAGCGACAGAGCCAGGAGGUGGCUGGGCGACACCGGGACCGGGAAUUGGAGAAGCAGCUGGCAGUCCUGAGGGUUGAGGCUGAUCGAGUUCAGGAGCUGGAAGAGCAGAACCUCCAGCUACAAAAGACUGUCCAGCAACUGAGACAGGACUGUGAAGAGGCUUCCAAGGCUAAGAUGGUGGCCGAGGCAGAGACAGCAGUGCUGGGGCAGAGACGGGCUGCAGUGGAGACGACGCUUCGAGAGACCCAGGAGGAAAAUGACGAAUUCCGCCGGCGCAUCCUGGGUCUGGAGCAGCAGCUGAAGGAGGCUCGAGGCCUGGCGGAGGGUGGGGAAGUGGUGGAGGGACGACUUCGGGACAAAGUGCAGCGGCUAGAGGCAGAGAAACAGCGGCUGGAGGAGGCCCUGAGUGCAGCCCAGGAAGAGGAGGGGAGCCUGGCAGCAGCCAAGCGGGCACUGGAGGCACGGCUGGAAGAGUCCCAGCGGGGGCUGGCCCGCCUGGGGCAGGAGCAGCAGGCACUGAGACGGGCCCUAGAGGAGGAGGGGAAGCAGCGGGAGGUGCUUCGGCGAGGCAAGGCUGAGUUGGAGGAGCAGAAGCGUUUGCUGGACAGGACUGUGGACCGACUGAACAAGGAGCUAGAGCAGAUUGGGGACAACUCUAAGCAAGCCCUGCAGCAGCUCCAGGCCCAGCUGGAGGAUUACAAGGAAAAGGCCCGGCGGGAGGUGGCAGAUGCCCAGCGCCAGGCCAAGGAUUGGGCCAGUGAGGCGGAGAAGACCUCUGGGGGGCUUAGCCGGCUUCAGGAUGAGAUCCAGAGGCUGCGGCAGGCCCUGCAGGCAUCGCAGGCUGAGCGGGACUCAGCUCGGCUGGACAAAGAGCUGCUGGCCCAGCGACUGCAGGGGCUGGAGCAAGAGGCAGAGAACAAGAAGCGCUCCCAAGAUGACAGGGCCCGGCAAGUGAAGAGCCUUGAGGAAAAAGUCUCACGGCUGGAAACAGAGUUAGAUGAGGAGAAGAACACUGUGGAGCUGCUAACAGAUCGGGUGAAUCGUGGCCGGGACCAGGUGGAUCAGUUGAGGACAGAGCUUAUGCAGGAGAGGUCUGCUCGGCAGGACCUAGAAUGUGACAAAAUCUCCUUGGAGAGACAGAAUAAGGACUUGAAGACCCGGUUGGCCAGCUCAGAAGGCUUCCAGAAGCCCAAUGCCAGUCUCUCUCAGCUUGAGUCCCAGAAUCAGUUGUUGCAGGAGAGGCUACAGGCUGAAGAGAGGGAGAAGACAGUUCUGCAGUCCACCAACCGGAAACUGGAGCGGAGAGUUAAAGAGCUGUCCAUCCAGAUUGAUGAUGAGCGGCAGCAUGUCAAUGACCAGAAAGACCAGCUGAGCCUGAGGGUGAAGGCUUUGAAGCGGCAGGUGGAUGAAGCAGAAGAGGAGAUCGAGCGACUGGACGGUCUGAGGAAGAAGGCCCAGCGUGAGCUGGAGGAGCAGCAUGAGGUCAACGAACAGCUCCAGGCCCGGAUCAAAUCCCUGGAGAAGGACUCCUGGCGCAAAGCUUCCCGCUCAGCUGCUGAGUCAACCCUCAAACAUGAAGGGCUGAGCUCAGAUGAGGAAUUUGACAGUGUCUACGAUCCCUCAUCCAUCGCAUCACUGCUUACAGAGAGCAACCUGCAGACCAGCUCCUGUUAGCUUGUGGUUCAGGGCCAUCCCUGCUCUGCCCUGCCCACCUUGGAUUCCUCAUGCCUGUGGGUGACCCAGUUAUUCAGACCUAAGACAGGGAGGGGUCUGAGUGACGGUGAUAAAAAAAGCAUCAGCAAUAAGCUGAUAGAUGGACUUUCCCUUUCCACUGGAGAAGUGGAUAUUUUAGGCCAACCAAGCCCUUCCCUCAAGUGCCGACACCUCCCUCAUCUCUCUUAGUGGAAGGAUGGUCAGCGUAUAGGCUGAGGAGGACUGAGCAGGAUAGGAAGGGAUAGGAAUUGCCAUGUGUAUAAAGCUUUAUUUCUUUAGCCCUUAACCCUAAGGCUCAGGGAAAUACCUUAUGCUGUUCUGCUUCCGGGAUUCCUGUAGCCCAUUUUCCUCCCACCCUGGGGCAGGGUGAGGGGAACGUUAUGGGUAAUGGACACGCAGGCGUGGCUCUACCCACUUCUCAGAUGCUCCUCUUUGCACAGUCAUGGGCCCAUGUGGUAGUCCCCACACCCCUCCAGUUCCUGUAUUUUUGUCUUCUCCAAGCAAGCAGGUCCAAGGGAUCCUUUAUCCUCUCCUCUUCCCAUCUUUACCAUUCCUACCUUGCUUCUUCUCAGUGCCUUAGCCAGGGUGAGGAGAUAAGGAUGCUCUUCUUGCCUUUUUUAUCUGCACAUUCAUACCUCUCCAAAGACCAGCCUUUCCCCAACCGGGGCUCUCAGCCUUCCCUGCUGCCCCAGUGACUGGUCAAGAGAGCUGCUUGCUGGCUUCUCUACCAAUGAACCCCUGGGAGAGGGACUUGGUAGGGCAUGAUAAGGUGGUGGGGGCCUGGUUCUGCUCAGGGUUUUCAUCCUUCCUCCUCUCCUUCCUCUUGACUACAGAUGUGGUUCUAAGGUGGUUGCACCUGGGAACUCUGACAACUGUCUAUACAGGUUUCAAAGCAAAGGUCUCAGUCCCUCUGGCCUUCCUCGUGGCUUUUCUGACCAGGUGUGCCCAAUUUCAAUAGAGAACCAAGGAAUCCUCGUUUUUUUCAGGAGCUUGUCUCUGAUUCAGGGCUUUGCCUGGGGGUAGAAGCUGACUUCUGAUAGAAUUGGGAAGAGGCAAUGGAGGAUUUAUUCCUUCUUUGGAUUUUGGGGUGAGCCAAGCCCUGGUGGGGAAGAGGUAUGGGGGAUGAUUCACCUCUCUUAUUUCCUAAGCAGGUUCUAUAGGGAGCUUGUGGGAGGAGGAAGGCUGUUCUUACCAAUGACUUGUUAAUUUCAUGAUUUAAAAAAAAAUUCCCAUAUUCUUCUGCAAAUCAGACAUUCUCUCCCAAUCCAAUCCAGCCUUGGUUUUAUUAUGAAUUAAAUAUUAAAAUUAUAUAUCUAUAUUGAAA